AUGUUGGAUCUUCUUAAAUCCCUCCUGGGUUUCGCCAAAAAAAUCCCAGCGCCCGCCCCGGGACUCAAAAGGGAACAGGAAUGCUAUUUCCUUACUCGCCUACCCCCGGAAAUCCGCAUACAGAUCUACAAAUGCUUAUUCGACCGCGACACAAUCCAUCUCCUCCACAACAAGGAACAAAUCAGUCACAUCCGCACGCCCGAACGGGGCAGAACGAGAUUCAUGUACGCUCCGUACUCCGUACGAAAACCAGAAAUCUCCAGCAUCCUCUUAACAUGUCGCCAAAUCCACAGAGAAGCUGCUCCUCUGUUCUACUCCAGACCCAUAUUCCGGGUUUCGCUGCAAGAGACAUGGAACGUAUUCGCCAAGCUCAUCGGGCCGGAGAACCUGUCGAAUGUGCGAUCCCUGCAGGCUCCCGCUAACCUGCAGGUGCAGAGUUUGGCCGGGCCCUCUUGUGUCAAUAGCCAGCCGAGAACUGGAUCGAUGGCAUGGACAUCUGCUUCGGCGGGCGGCAGUUACAAGGAGGACGAGAGAAAAGUCCACGAUGAAUUCUGCGAAGUGUUGACCUCUAAGAUGCGGGGUCUCAAAGAUUUGAUGCUCGUUUUGGUGUCGCUGCCUGAGGGGCUUUCGCGGUCGUUGGAGGCAGAGUGGCACGCUCCCUUCCAGAGAAUGAGAGGCCUUCAGAUGUUUUCGCUUGAGAUCCGGAAUGAAAGGGAUGCAGAGGCUGAGGAUACCAGGGAAUUAGUCAGAUUUCUGAAGGAGACUGUUUGCGCGCCGAGAGAUGAUCAUUGUUAG